AUGGGUAGCUCUUCUUUCUCUAUGCUCUUGGCCUUCUCCUUGUUCAUGGCAGCUCUGAUGAUCUCCUCCAGGGCCACCGUUGCUGAGGCGAGCUUGGAGCAGAGCUUGAGGUGGGUGCCGACGAGGCACCACUGUCAAGGUUCCAUUGCUGAGUGCAUGGGUGCAGGGGAUGAUGAGUUUGAGAUGGAUUCUGAGAUCAACCGCCGGAUCUUGGCCACCACACAGUACGUAAGCUACGGGGCGCUGCAGCGGAACACCGUGCCAUGCUCUCUCAGGGGUGCCUCCUACUACAACUGCCAGCCGGGUGCACAGGCUAACCCCUACAGCCGUGGUUGCAGUUCCAUCACUCGUUGCCGAAGCUAAGCCUUUUUCUUUUUUUUCUUUUUUUUUCGGUCCUUUAUUAGUUUGGUUUCUACCCAUUUGUAAUAUAUGAUUGUAAUAAAAAUGG